GUUAUACCCUGACAGAGCUGGAAAAUCCUUUACGAAGCAGUCUCGUUUGAAGCAAUAAGAAGAACAUUGCGCAGUUUCGAAAACGUCGCGAUGAAAAGCAAAUCGACGCUUCGUCCGGGAGGCAUUGCGAUUUUGAUGAUCAUCUUCCUGUUUGGAACGAUAACGAAUGCGAAGCCUAUAGAUUACGAAGACGUGGAAAAUUUGUUGCCAACGGAACCUCAAACCACGAAUGACACGUUGGCGGCUAUUGUACAAGAUCCGGUGGUGCAAGACGCUGUACAAAGCGCGGUCGGCAAUGGAUCUUUGCAGGGUUUGGUAGUGAAAAAAAAAGUCCUUAUUAUGCCUGCCACGGAACCGACUAAGGUGGUGUCACAACGCGAGCAAGUUCUCGUUGUUCCCAUGAUGCAUUUAGAAGACGUACGGAAGAAUAUAACAGAGACUGUAACCGCGGAAACCGACGUAGACGGCUUGACAUUUACAAAUACCCAGUCUUUCACUGAAAACGAUGAAAAUGGAAACACGGAUGGCGCGGACAAUCCAUUUUACGUAUCGCAACCCGUUAAUUUUUACGAAGCUUUAACCAAGAUUACAACACCUAUGCGAAAACCGACAAUUCCUAUUGAUACUACGCCGCAAGAAAUCCCAUAUUUUAUACCAAAUCCGAGCUUGGAAAUGGCGCUUACGGGUUACGAGCCACCCGCGAUAUCAAUACCGAUCGUCGCGUUCCUUGAUCCAUCAAAAAUCUCGGACGAUAAAAUUGAUGUGCCGAUUACAGCAGCUUUACCGAUACGAGAUGACUUUUUGAAGAGCCAGUUAAAUUAUCUGAAGAACGGACGGGAUGAUGUUCAGCGUGAGGUUGAAAGUUACGCUGAUAAAACUUCGUGGAACGUACAGCCGACUGUUAAUCGACGACUGUUUUCUGCUCCUUCAGAGAUACAAGCAUCAUCUUCAACGUACGACCCGAUUACAAUAAAAAACCAGGACGUGAACAACAUUCGAUCUGAAAUUUUGUCAUCCCGUUUCGAUGUCAUAAGACCAAUAUUUUGGACCUCGGACGCGGACAGUAAAUAUCCCACACAUCCGGACGACAUGGAUGUUGCUGCAGAUAUAGUCUUUAGACCACUCUUUAAAUAUCGACAGGAGGCGCAGCAAAGGUCUAACAGAAGAUCGGCAUAUCGCAGAUAUAAUUCGUAUCCGAGACGAAGAUACAAUUACGGACAAUAUUCAAGCGAUUAUUACUAAACUUAUACAAAGAUGAAAAUAAAAAAAAAAUUAAAAGAUUACAACCAAAUAUAUACUACAUGAAUAUACAAAAUAAUUUAUAUAUCAUAAGCAGAA